AUAGAAAUCAAUCAUCUGUGCUGAAACACAAUCACACCACAAUCACCACCGCACCUCCUCCUCCGCCACCGCCGCUCCGACUAGGUCGCAUCCUCCGGCGGGGUCAGAUUUCAAACUUCCAUCAAUCAUCCCCUCGGCGAAUUUUCCACCCGCAGCGAUGCCGGCCUCUGUGGCUUCGAAUCAAUCCAGCAGCCCCGAGGACUUGAUCGGGCGGCUGAGCUCAGCGCAGGCGCCGCACGAGGCUAAGCUGAAAGCGCUGAGGGACUUGAAGAACCAGAUAAUAGGAAAUCGCACGAAAAAGCUGGCCUUCCUGAAGCUCGGCGCCGUGCCUUCAAUCGUCGCUAUUCUCGCCUCUUCUGCUGCCGCCUCCAGCAGCGACUUCCACGACUCGUUUCUGAUCCAGUCUGCGGCGGCUAUCGGGAGCUUUGCAUGCGGAUUGGAUGCGGGAGUGAAGGCUGUGCUGGAUGCUGGGGCUUUUCCCAUUCUCUUCAGUCUAAUUUCCCAUCCAAAUCAGAAAGUUGUUGAUGCAAGUGCCCGAUCACUUAAAUUGAUCUAUCAGUCAAAAUUGGCUCCAAAUUAUGAUUUUCUUCAAGAAAAAAAUAUGGAGUUCCUCCUAUCACUACUGAACAGGGAGAAUGAGAAUGUUACUGGUCUUGCUGCAAGCAUUAUCACGCAUUCAUGCCAAACCACUAUCGAGCAGCAGGUAUUGAGUGAAGCUGGAGUUAUAAAAAGGCUUGUUGGUCUUCUUGGGGGUUCUCUAAUUCAGCGGGAUGCUAGCUUGGAAUCUUUGGCUGCUGUCAUCAAGAAUAAUCCAGAAGUUGCGUCAAGGUUCAUAGUGCCUGAAAAUGGAAGGGAAUUAAGUAUUGUGAUUGAGCUGAUGAAGGAUAAGUGCCCUCGGACGAGGUUAUUAGCCUGUAUGUGCCUGAUCAACAUAAGAAAUGCUUCAGUGUCAAGUCUUCAAGACCCAGGAAUUAAAAAUAAAUUGGUGCUGAUAUUACUUGAGCUUCUUGAUGAUCCUGGUCAAGUUGGUGAUGAGGCUCCCUUUGUGAUGUCCAAUUUGAUUUCUGAAAAAGAAGAUCUGCAUCAAAUAGCCUUUAAUGCAAAUGUUGUUGAGAAGCUAUGUGAAAACUUAAAUAAAGGUUCAUUCAGGUCCAAACGUUCCGAAGGGAUAUUUCUAGCACUGUCUGAUCUCUGCUCAAAGCUGGAAUGCUGCCGCGAAAAGGUCCUUGAAUUAAAGGUGUUAGCUUCUGUUAGGGAAGCAUUGGUUCAUGAUAGUGCUGAAGUGCGUGCUGCAGCUUGCAUUUUCUUGAAGAAUGUUGCCCGUUCUAUCAAGAGUUUGAGUGCAGGUACCUUUAUGAAUGAAGAGAUUGUGGUUCCUUUAGUUCAACUAAUGGGUAGCUCCUUUACUUCUGAGCAGGUUGCUGCUCUGGGGGCUAUAAGCAAUGUGGUGGUUGAUUUCAGUGCAAAUAAAUCAGUGUUCACACAAUGUGGAGGUGUGACACAGCUGGUUCUGCUUUCAAAGUCUGUUGAAUCCACUAUUAGAACCAAUGCUGUAUGGGCCUUAAAGAAUCUCACAUUCCUUGGAAACAACCAAUGUAAAGAAGAGAUUUUGCUGGAACUAUCAACAUCCACGUUAACAAGCCUCAUCAGUGACCCUGAAGCAUCUGUCCAAGAGCAAACUUUGGCGCUUGUUCGUAAUCUUGUAGAUGGCACUGUAAACUCAAUCGAUUAUGUGUUUGGGGAGGACGCUCUUCUCCUGCAUUCUAUAGGAAGGCAAUUACGGAGCAAUGUGAAAGCUGAAGUUCUGGUUCAAGGUAUGUACGUCCUCAGCAAUGUGGCUUCUGGGAACGAGCACCACAAAGAAGCCGUAAUGAGCGAACUUUUUGGACAGGCAGGCAAUAAUACAGAGUCGAUAUUGGUCAGAUUUUUGCAGAGUAGUAACAGCCAACUGCGUACCGCUGCUGUUUGGGCUAUUGUAAAUCUUACUCUUCCAAGCAGUCCAGGUGCAUGUGGCAGGGUUACGGAAUUCUGGAAUGCGGGGAUUGUUACUCAACUUAAGAAUAUGGUGAAUGACCCUUGUCUCGAUGUCAAGCUGCAAGCCAGAACUGCUCUUAAACAGCUGAUGACAUUCGGGGAUGCUUCAACAUGAGUGUGUCUUAAAUAUGCCACUUCCUCGACGAACGCUCUAUGAAAACAUGUCACUCCCGUGCCAUGGAUUGGGGUCAAUUGAACUUGUGCAGCUCUCUUGAUGAGAUUUUGGGUUUUGUUUGAUCACCACCAUGAUUCAUGCAAGGAUUUUUGGUAAAUAUAGUCGAAGCCACGAGGGUGAAAUGUGUACCAAUCACAUAGCUAAUGUAUUCGAACUGGAAAUUGCACUAUCAUUCUUUGGACUAUGUACAUCUUAAAUAUGGCCGAAGACUCCUUUUAUUCUGGACAUGAAUUUAGAAUGUA